AAGAGUUUGAUGUAUAUUUAGUGAAUGCAGAAGAAGCUACAAAUACAGAAAUGAGGACACUUUUCCCUAAAAUAGCCAUUGAAGCUCACACAUUAACAUCAGAUCUUUAUAUGGACUUGGCAUCGUAUGUGCAAGGAAAGGAGGUUGAUGUAACUGACAGUGUUUCUAGUUUCUUUGAUAAGCUCUUCCCAAUGGUCUAUGUUCAUUAUGUAAAUACAAGACAAGUAGGAAUGCCAGAGGAUUACAGGGAAUGUUUGAUGCAGUCACAGCAGGAAAUAAAACCAUUUGGAGAAAUCCCGCACAGACUAGCACUGCAUCUACAGAAGUCGCUGCAAGCGGCGAGGGUUUUCAUUCAAGCUUUGAACCUUGGAAUAGAAGUGAUUAACACCACAGAUCAUAUAGUAUUGACUAGAGAGUGCAGCAAAGCUCUGCUCAAGCUAAAAUACUGCAGUUCCUGCAAUGGAUUGACUAUGAUAAAACCUUGUAACAGUUUUUGUCGUAAUGUGAUGAAAGGAUGCCUUGCCAAUGUGGCAGAUAUUGAUCCUUUUUGGAGUGAUUACAUCACUGCUCUGGAUGAGUUAACUGAAGGAAUGCGUGGUGUGUAUGAUAUACAGUACGUGGUACAAGACAUGCACAGUAAAAUUGGUGAUGCAAUAAUGCAUGCCAUGGAUUAUGGACCUAGAAUAUCAACAGAGGUGGUAACAAGCUGUGGAAGCCCACCACGACUUAAACGCAGCACGAUAAAUGAACUGUAUGAAGCGCAAGAUUUUAGCAGGGAAUACCCGUUACAAAGUGAACCAUCGACUCUUUAUGACAGAAUAAGAUCCGUCAUACGAAGUCUAAUCAGCUCAAAAGACUUUUAUAACACUCUAGCUGAUGGAAUCUGUGAAAAAGAUAAUUUUGCAUUUCUAGUGGAUUAUAAUUGUUGGAAUGGAGAAGAUAAAGGAAGUUAUUCAAAAUCAGUUGUUGACAAUGGUUUAAGUGCACAGUAUACAAACCCAGAAAUGAGGGUAUCGCGCCAAAGGGAUCAAGUUAUAGCCAAAAUAACAGAUAAACUUCUACAUAUUCAACAGUUAUUGAAAGGGAAAUCUGCUGCUCCUGGUGAAGAAUUGUACAUCAGUGGGAGUGGUGAUGGAAAAGAUCUACCAGAUGUAGGAAGUGGUUGUGAUGAUGAAGACUGUGAAGGCAGUGGAGAAAGUGGUGAUGGUGCUAUAGAAACUAGACUAACUGACAAGACAGAUGCCCCUGUACGGGUUUUAGUAACCACAGAAACGGCAGAAGAUUUCAGCUUUGAAGAAACCACGACGAUUGGAUCGUCCAUCAUUCCAAAACUUGGCGGAACAGGCAAAAAAGGAGAAACAGUGGACAAUCCAUCAUCAGCAUCACAUCUUUCAAAAUCAACACUUGCCACACUAACAGUUAUUAUAGUUACAGUAUUUCUCAACAGGCGGUAGAAACUAUCUAUGCAACACAAAUUAGAACUGCUCUAUACAUGUAUAUGUUAUGUAGGAAAUUCAAUGCAUUUUGUUACCAUACUUUUUUCUUUUUUUUUUUGCAUAAAAUAAAAAUGUAUAUUACUGCAAUGGACAUUUACUAUAAGGGAUUACUUUCAAGUUACUGUUUGUAUUGAUUACAACUGAUCAAUAUCGGGAGUAAUCUGUAUUUGUUUUAUGAGCUGCAAUUUAACACACAAGAUCCCAGAAUACAUAUAUAUUUUUUUAACUUGUCAUCUUCAUAAGCCCCAGUUACUUCACACUGGGUAUGUCAAAAUUGCCCCUGUUAGUCUCAGCUUGGCUUUUUAAAUCUGGUUAGUGAGUCAUGUCCAAUAUGAAAUCAGACUCUGAAACUGCUGGAAUCUCUGUUUAAUAACUGAUUGGGUCAAAAAUGCCAAAAUCAGGGUUUAACUGAUUCAUUGUUUAAUGACAUCUCCACAACAAACCUUUCAACAUAACCACAAUAUGCUCUGUGCAUGAUUUCUACAGGUCGCACAUCCUGGUACUUUUGGGGGAGAAAGGACAAUAUUCCAAUCAAUGGAAACUUGCUGACAGUUGAUCUUCAAAAACAGUUUAACAUAGCAAGUGAUUUAUAAUAUUGUAAGCAUUGCUGUUAUAGUUCCCUAACAUCCCCCACCCCACUCCUCACUCUGCCACCCCUCCAGAGCACCAGCAUGUGUUACCCUAAGUGUGUUGGGGGAGGGGGGGGGAAUAGGUGGGCGUCGUGCAUAAGUAAUUUUGAUUGUGUACAGUAAUCAACAAACAGAAUUUUAAACAUUGCAUAGAUAUCCAAGGAAUUUAUUAAGACAAUUCAUGCUAGCAUUUUAAUAAGAAUUUGUACAUUUAUACUUGGCUUAUGUUUUUCUUUGAACCAUUGAACUUGCAGGGACUGUAACAUCAGGCUUUUAAUUAACAGUUUCAGAGAUGAACCUUGCAAAUUAGGUUUAUUAGUCAUUUUUUUGUACACAUGUCGUGUGUCUUUUUGAAAAGCAUUCUCUGAUUAGCAGUUGUAUAAAAACAGUUUUGUAACAUUAAGUAUGCUUCACUUUGUACAGCCUUUUCAACAAAUUAUUGUAUCAUUUGUGUAUUCUUAGAGCCAUUAUCAUGACAUGAAAAAACAAGUUUCCUGAUUUAAAAUAAUACCACUACACUUUUUUAAUAGGUCAGGUUUAUAUUAUAUUGGUAAACUGAAAACUGCCACGUUUUCUUUUUAAUAUAUAGUUUAUUUUUACUCUUUUAUUUUAUUUAAAAUUUAAUUAUUGCUUUGUUGUAAUUGUAAGGCUCGCCUAAACGCUGUGUUUGUUUAAUGCAGCAGCGUUGAAUUUUUUUUAUUUGUGAUUUCAACAAAAAAUUUUGAAAAUACAAAAUGAGAAAGACAAGUGUAAAUGACUACAGACUAAACUGCCCACAUGUUUUUAAAGGUAAAUCAUUAGGAUUAUUAAUCAUCUGUGAACAAUAUGAAACAAUCUUUGAUUCAAUACUUUUCCAUCUUUUAGAGAAUUCUAUUAGCAUUUAAUUUGAAGUAUUUUGACAUUGAUACUGUUAAACCAUAUUUGGCUUUUUUUCCAUUAGUGUAGUUGUUUUGCACAAGGUGAUGAAGUUCUGAUAGAAUAAGAUUAAUCAUAUGCUCCAAAAGAGGUUUUGUAUCUGUCAUUGUUUUCCACCAGGUGAGGAAGUGUGGGACUAACAUUCAACUUUUGUUGUUGUAAUUUAUGUCAAAUUCCCAACCCACAAGCUGUGAAAACAUGUUAAAUACUGAGUAUGAAGCCAAAAAUUAUACAAGAGUAAAGUGGGAAAAUAAUCUAAAUUUCCAUCUGCUAUGCACAUCACAAAUUCCCCAGUAAGUGGUCUUUUUACAGAUAAUUUCCUCUGUUCCCCCCCCCCUUUUUUUUCUGGGGGUAGAACAUUGACAGGUACACAGGUCUGAAGACAAUAUGUGGUGCUCUCUAUAAAAUCGUCCAAACGCUUGAUACAACAAUCGUCAUGCUUUGAAGUGUUUCUAAUUUAUUUUGUCAAUGUGGUAAGCAAUUUGAUAUGAAUAUUGUCUGAUUUUUUUUAUACUUUUA